CUCAGGUCCUCCACGAUCAAGCUCCAAUGGAGCAGUAUGCUCGUCGGGCGGAUGUUUCGAUGGCAAUUACGGCACUUCUGCGCACCCGGAACUCUCCGUACACCUUCUCAACUCCCAAACCUCUGCCGCUAUACAACCCAGCAGCCGGACGCAAUCCAGACGAAGAGACGCCCAGGUCGACCACCCAAGAAUGCUCCCAGCACAGAGCAUGUCAAAGCAAAAAAGACGCGAAGACCACGGGUGAUUACCGCAUCUAAGAAUGAUCUAAAACCAGAGCUCACAGGCCUUGUUGAUAUUUACCGCUCCCUUUCGACGCCCAGGGUGAAUGUCGUGAGCCCGGAGCUAUGCGAUCUCUCCCUAGACCUGGUUAAACAUAACCUGGUCGAUUAUGUAGGAUGCGACAUCAUAGACAUACAACCAGGAGCGGGACUCUGGUCGGCCAGAGUCCAUGAGCUCCUCAGGCCUCGCACGCAUAUUCUCAUGGAACCAGAUAUGGAUGCCUUCGGACCAUACCUACGACCACUUUUGGAGCGUCCCGAUUCCGCUUUUAGACAUGUGGCACACCCCAUAGGUCUUUUGGGCUCGUAUGAAAAGGCCAUGCAAGAGAUAUCAAACACGGUGUCAGAAGGAUCCCUAGAUCAAGCGCCUCAUCAGAGACGUCUCUUGGUUACUGGUUCUCUCAUGAGUUGGAAGACAGUCUACCCGCUCUUUCCGAUGGCUGGCAAGACAAGCACUACCAUGGGGCGACAGCUUCUGAAGCAGUUUAUCUCUUCCAUAUCUAACCGCUCUCUAUUUCAUAAUAGCGGGCCAGCACGAAUGCUUCUGUGGGUCAAUGAGUAUGACAUGUGGCCUUAUCUACCGCGAAGCCUUCAAAACCCGAACAGAGCUGCAAUGGGCACUCAGUUGAUGACGGACAUCACACAGAUCGCUGGUACCAAUGAGCACCGUGGGGAGGGCAAGUUCGGGCAGCGCAAUGCCGCCAUUGAAUCUAUCAGUAGUAAAUUGGUUGCUUCACGCAUGGCACGUACAGGCAUGACCUUCCCACUAGACCGUCAGAACCUGUCAUACAAAGCUGGACAGCAAGCUCAGCUUUCCGAAGAUGCUCUUGUCCCCCAAGCCACUGACACAAAGCUUCGACACCACAAUAGGAUUCCCGAGAUGAAAUUAUGGUUAGAAAACAUCGAGAAGGAGACAGUCCUACCAGGGUUCUCAAAGAAAGCACAGGCCAGGCUUCUAGAAGCACAGGAGCAACUGGCAAGCGGAGCUAUUGAAGUACCCACCGACGCAGAGUUUCGGAAAAAGAAUGCCCGCUCCAAAUAUCCGUUCUGGGACAGGAUAGGUAAAGACAUUAUCCGUUUCAAAAGUAACCUGAAAAAAUCCGGGAAACGUGAAGACGGGUUGGCAAUGCUUGAGGAAGUGUUGAGACUGGAGCGGGCCACAUUCUCAGCUACAUCCGAAGAAGAGCGGAUCCAUUUAAGAAAACAAUGGGAAGUAGCAAAAGACAGACUUGACUCCAUGCGCGCCAGGCUUCCAACAAAGGACCAACUCGCUUUCUCAACAGACCACGACGAGUACGUUGGGUUGACAGGCGACCGUCCGAAUUUGAUGUGGGAUCGGAGGCCAUUCGAGCCACUUCUCAUCCUGGAGGACGAAAUUUUUCCGGCCCAGGGUGCUGCCUUGGUGGAUAUUGUACCGAAGGAAAUACGUUGCACCGCGGACGAAUAUAGGCGUUUCGAAGAUUUCAUGAUUCCCUUGCGAUCUCUGGAAAAUGGGAAAGUCAGGGUGGCCCUGGACACAGCAGGUCAUGGUGCAAGUGAGCUGGUCGACCAAGUCGAGCUACUAAGAAAUCCAUACGAGGGCGGCCGGCUAGAUCCUGAUGACAUGUACGUCAAAAAUCUUACGCCAGAAAUGAUUCUACAAUUGAGUCGAGCAUGGAUGGCGUGGCCAUUUCGCGACCCGACCUCGGACCGACCAAGUCACUUCGAGUUGUCUCAUGAGGAAGGUUAACUGUCGCGGGAGGAUGACCUCCAUUGCUCAAGUAUUCAGGGCGACAAACAAAAUAUAGAAAUGUUGUACGUAAACGCCAAUUGUACAUAAGGCAUAGGAUUACAUAUAUAUACAUGAAUAUUAUACUGCGCCUGAAUUUAUGUCCAUGGCCAUUUAUCGCUGUAGUCCAUUGAGGCCCAUUCAACAAGUUGCGAUUUGUGAUACAGGAUGGAACGGUCCUAUUUGACACGAACCUCAGCUUUUCUUUUUUAUGAUUUUCUGAGUCUUCGCAGCAGGCAUCACCCUUUGCGACGCAGGGUCCGCGAUCAAGUCAAAUAGACUUUCUUCACCUGAUGCUCCUGAGCCCUCACCUGCCUG